AUGGCAAAAUUUCUGAAAGAGCCAGAGGAAAGCCAGUCGCAAGGGAUGGUGACUUGCCGUUCAAUUCGUUCCCUGACCAGUGAGCUUGAAGCUGCUGCAAAGAAGUGGAAGGAAGGAGAGGAAGAGGAUGAUCCAGUCGACGUCAUGGGAAGGAGGGGUGAGGAGGAAAGAAUGGACAUUGACGUCAUAGGUGAACGAGGAGAGAAGGGAUCGACAGACCACAGGUUAUGGGGCGAUACAGAGGUGAACGUCAUUUCUUUCGAAAUACUAGAAGGAGAAUCCCAGACCCCACUCUCCUUUCAAUAUGUAAAAACUCAAGCAGUGGAAACCCAGCGCGAACGAUUUGAGGAGGCGUCUGGGGUCUUGACAAACCAGUUAGCUAAGAUGAAGCAUGGGCUCAGUGCGUUCCUCGAGCGAAUAAAUUCUCCUACAACGAGGAUCACACAGGCUUGUGCUAUACAGGAAGAACAGGCAAAUGGCAUUGUCUGGGAUCUUCGUAGCCUCUUGCUACAGGUUGAGCAUGCGGGGGCGCAAGUUGUGCCUGGGUUUGUGCCAUCGCUACCUCUGAGGGAACCCCCAGCUGACGCUCCUCCCCCCAUGGAUUUACAGGCGCUUGUGUAUCUGACCAAUGUCAUAACAAAAGUAUCUGGGAGCCCAGUUGAUGAGAUAGACUCGCUGGAUUGA